AAAUAUCAUGGAGAAAACUGUCAAUAUUAAGGAGGAUGACUGUGAGUGGGAGUCCAUCUACCUUAAACAGGAAAGUAUGAGCAUCAAGGAGGAGGACAGUGAACUGCAGUCAAUGGGCAUUAAAGAAGAACCUGAAGAGAAGUCUGUCAGUAUUGAGACACAUAACCAUACAAAUCUGGACAGUGUAAAAGAAAGCAACCGUCAUGAUGGGUGUGAAGAUGAAGUGGUGACCAGGUUAGACUCUUCUCAUAGCAGACACUGUUCAUCUCAAGAGCUUUCUAUCAAUGUGAAGUCUGAAUCAUUAGAGUCUGAACCAAAGAGGGCUGAGGAAACAACAUGUGUUGCAGCUCAGAAAAAUAAGCAACCACCUUCAAAGAAGUCUGAAAAAAGAAAGAAAAAUCACUGGAGUGUGGAAUGUGGCAGAGAAUUCUCUAACAGGAGUGCUCUUCAGAAACACUCGAGAGUUCACACCGGAGAGAAGACAUAUUACUGUAAUGAAUGUGGUAAACAGUUUUCACAUAAAGGCCAUCUUCAGAUACACACGAGAGUUCACACCGGAGAGAAGCCAUAUUGCUGUAAUGAAUGUGGCAAACAGUUUUCACAUAAAGGCAGUCUUCAGAGACACACGAGAGUUCACACCAAAGAGAAGCCAUAUUGCUGUAAUGAAUGUGGUAAACAGUUUUCACGAAAAGGCCAUCUUCAGAUACACACGAGCGUUCACACUGGAGAGAAGCCAUAUUGCUGUAAUCAAUGUGGCAAACAGUUUUCACAAAUGAGCAGUCUUCAGAUACACACGAGAGUUCACACUGGAGAGAAGCCAUAUUGCUGUAAUCAAUGUGGUAAACAGUUUUCACAUAAUGGCAGUCUUCAGAGACACACUAGAGUUCACACCGAAGAGAAGACAAAUUGUUGUAAUGAAUGCGGUAAACAGUUUUCACAAAUAGGCCAUCUUCAGAGACACACUAGAGUUCACACCAGAGAGAAGAAAAAUUGUUGUAAUGAAUGCGGUAAACAGUUUUCACGAAAAGGCCAUCUUCAGAGACACAUGAGAGUUCACACCGGAGAGAAGCCAUAUUGCUGUAAUGAAUGUGGUAAACAGUUUUCACAAAUGAGCAGUCUUCAGAUACACACGAGAGUUCACACUGGAGAGAAGCCAUAUUGCUGUAAUCAAUGUGGUAAACAGUUUUCACAACUAGGCGAUCUUCAGAGACACACGAGAGUUCACACCGGAGAGAAGCCAUAUUGCUGUAAUGAAUGCAAUAAACAUUUUUUACAGAGUCAGUCUUCAGAUACACACGAGAGUUCACAACAGAAUAAAAACGGUAGCAGUUCACAAAUCAAUCCAGAAAAACAAGAACCCUUCAGGACUCAAGAGUGAUGUUCAGUCGUGUCCUAAAAAGAAAGCAAACCAAACUAUUGUUGAGAAAUGAAUCUCAAAGAGAAAC